GUUUGAAAUAAAAAAUUCCGUUUCGUCUCUUUCCUCUCUCACUCUUUCCCUCUCUUAUUUUGACUUAUCCUCCAACUCCGUUGCUCUUAUUUUGCAUCAUUCUCCAACUCCGUUGCUUUUUGCUGCUACGUACAGUUUUGCUACCUUUUUCUCAUAUGAGCUUCACUGAGCCCUAAAAAGAGAAACAAAUCAAAGACAUAAUAAUCGCCUCCGCAUCUACUCCCUUCUCUCAUAUACAUCAUAAACAACACACUAUACUUAUAAAUCAUUGUUGGGGGUUAAUGUUUCCUUGUUGAUUACAACAGUUUCAGCUUAAGCGGCGCGCUCACAAUCUGCAUCUACUGUGCUGGCGAAAGAUAUUUGUUAAUGAAUUAAAAAAUGGGUGGCUAUCUUUCUUCUGAUGGUAAGGUGAACAGAAGAUGUGAUGCCUCUCGACCCUCCUCUGUUCCCUUCACAUUUAUUGCGUUUUCAAAUGGAAUCACUGUCAUCAGGAUUUGAAUGGUUAGAAAGCCCCAAAUCGGUGUUCUCGUCUCCUCCAGCUGCUCCUGUUAUCUUGCUCAAUCUCUUGAAAAUUUACGGUGUCGGGGGAUAGUUAGUUAUUGUAUGCACUUGGCGGGUGAGAAGAAGUGAGUAUUUUGUCCCCGUAAGUAGCUUUCGUUGAAAGAGGAGACAUGGACAAAAGAAAAAGGGGGCAGUUUUUUCAAAAACGAAAGUAAAACAAAAUAAAAGUGCUUGAAGAAGAAGCACUGAAAAAGAUUGUGUGUGUGUGUAUAAGGAAGUUAGCUAGGUGGGCAGAUAAUCAAAGUUGGUUGCUUUAAUGGAGUGGGAUUUGAAGAUGCCUCCUUGGGAUUUAUCAGAAUUUGAGCAAAAUGCUGGUGAGGCAAACUUAAGCUCAGUGAUUGUUUCAAGUGAAAACACUCCAGGGCGGCAGUCAGGAGGCAUUGACUGCUCAGUUGAUCUCAAGCUUGGGGGUUUGGGAGAUUUUGGAUUGGUUGACAAGUGGAAGGAAGAGAAAAGAGCUUCGACGAUGGUGCCGCAGUCACCCGUCUCAUCAAGCUCAUUGAAGAGGCCCCGAGCCCCAAUUGGCGGAAGCCAGAAGGUCUCAUGCCUUGUAGAUGGGUGUAGAAAUGAUCUUAGUAAUUGCAGGGAGUAUCACAGGAGGCACAAAGUUUGCGAGGUACACUCUAAGACUCCUAUUGUUUUGGUUGGUGGCCAGGAGCAGCGAUUCUGCCAGCAAUGUAGCAGGUUCCACUUGCUUGUGGAGUUUGAUGAAGUUAAGCGAAGCUGCAGAAAACGUCUUGAUGGGCACAAUCGGCGGCGAAGGAAGCCACAACCAGACUGCAUAAAUUCUGGUAACUUGUUUCCAAAUCAACACGAAAUCAGGUUUACGUCGUACCCACAAAUAUUUCCAAGUGCUGCAGCAGACACAUCCUGGAGUCCUAUCAUCAAAAGUGAGGAAGAUUCACUAUACAGCCACCACAACCCACCAUCGAUGCAGUUCAUGGACAGGGUACAGGAACCACCGCCACAAAAUUUCACUACUUGUUUCAAUCGGAGCUUCAAAGAAGGCAAGCGGUUAUCGUUCCUCCACGAUGGUGAUGAUGAUAUGGCUCUCAACAGCAGGACUGCAAAGACCAUCUCAUCUGCAGCAGAGAGCAGUAGACACAAGAUUAUAUUCUCAGAUGGAUUACCUCCAGUUCUCGACUCUGAUUGUGCUCUCUCUCUUCUGUCAUCCUCCAACCAGACUUCAGGCAUCAAUAUGGGCCAUAUGGUGCCAGUCGAUAGGAUUCCAAUGGGUCAGCCUCUGCCCUCUUGUCUGCAGUAUAGUUCUACUAGUCUACAACGGUAUUCUCGCUCGCAAGCAGCUUCCGAUAAUGUCUCACCAACUGGGUUUUCAUGUUCAACUCGAGUUGAGAAUGAGCAUUUGAGCACUGUUCUGGUUUCAGAUGCUAGUGAAGCUCAUCUCCAUUGCCAGAAUAUAUUCAAUGUUGGGGAUGAAGGACCUUCUGACGAGGCUUCACAUUCUCUCCACUUCUCGUGGCAAUAGAUCACAUAUUUUUAAUGCUGGAAUCCCUUUCUCGUCAGCUUAGCUUCUUUGUGUUUUUAAUCCUCUGACUAUUCAAAGAUUACUAAUUUUUAGAAUGGAUUGAAGUUCUGUUCAUUGUUUCUCAUUACGUAACCAUUUUGCUGUCA